GUCGACUGAAGUGUCCCGCAAUAUGGGUAAAUACGACUACUCGGUGCUAUGCCGGCACUGCGAUGAGGAGACGCCGGACCCCAUCCCGUGCCAGCUGUCAGGAACUCCCCCUGAAUGGCUGAAGGGUCGCUUGGUAUACAAUGGGCCGGGACUCACCAAGGUCGGCCAGAACGAGUACCGACAUGCGUUCGAUGCUUCGGCCAUCCUGCAGAAAUUCGAGAUCAUGGACGGCCAGGUGAACUACAGCAGCCGCUUCAUUCGAUCGAAGACCUACGAACAGAACCAGGCAGCGGGGACCAUCACCAGAGCUGAAUUCGGAACCCCGGCGCCGGCCUCCAAGGGCAUGUUCUCAAGAUUCCUGGAUGCAAUGGACCCCGAGAAGAUGUUUUCCGACAACGCACUCGUAUCCGUGGUUAACAUCGGACCACAACACUACGCUAUGUGCGAGACGCCCUUCAUGCUGCAAGUCAACACCGAGAGCUUAGAGACAGAGGAAAGGAUCAACGUGAACAAGAAGCACGGGCUGAUGACGCAGAGCCCUCACCCUAUCAUAGCCAGCGACGGGGUCUACACGGUGGGCCAGGGCGUGGGCGUGACGGGGCCCAAAUACAGCAUUCUCAGAUACCCUCUGGACGGUAAUUUGAAACAAGGAAAAAUUGUGGCAUCAGUACCUGCUAGAUGGAGGCUGUCCCCAGCGUACAUGCACUCAAUGGCCAUGACUGAGAAUUACGCGAUCUUAAUAGAGCAGCCUCUGGCCGUUUCUCUCUCUGAGCUCUUGAGUGAUAUUGUGAGCAACGCGCCUUUCAUCGAUGGCCUGAAGUGGCACAACGAACCAGUGCUCAUCCAUGUGGUUGACAGACAGACGUGGAAGCACGUGAAGACAAGAUACGUGACAGACCCGUUCUUCUUCAUGCAUGUGGCGAAUGCCUAUGAAGAAGGCGACCACAUCAUCAUGGAUAUUCCUACAUACAAGGACGCAACGAUCCUCCACAACAUGUUUAUCAGCACACUAAGAGAACAAAGGGGGAAAAAUUCUCCCGAGUUCGUGGAAUCCUUCAGGUCCGAGAUGCACAGACUCGUGGUUCCGAUCAACACCAAAGGAAAGGAGAAACUCAUUACUCUCCCGGGAACGUCCUGCACUGCCAACUGGUCAGGCCAAGAGAUCAGGUUAACAAGCGAGAAGCUUACCGAGUUUCCGAUCGAGAAUCCUUGCAUUAACCCGAAGAUGAUGGCCUCCAAGCACAAGUACCUCUGGGCCAUGGGGCCAAGUCCUGAUGGCGGAGAUUCAGGAUUUGUCAUGAAGUUAGAUGUAACUUCUGGAGAGACCUGGAAAUUCUCUGAGGACCAUAUAUACUGUGCUGCUCCAGAGUUCAUUGGCAGACCGGAUGCUGUUGAGGAAGAUGACGGAGUAAUUCUACUACAGUGUAUAGAUUCCAUUGAUGAAAAGAAAGCUUACUUGCUAAUUCUCGACGCAGGGAAUAUGACCGAACUGUGCAGAGCAACAGUGCAAUCUCGUGCCACAGUGCCUAUGCCACUCCACGGACACUUCGUGCCCUCAGCCUAACAGUGAAACGAUUGAGACACUAUAAUGAAAGGUGCUAACUCUUGGCCUCCAUAGUUAGAGGAGUUUGUACUUUCUUUGGUGUUUUUUUUUGUGAUCAUUGAAUAUUUUUGAAUAAGAUGAAAGAGUACUAUAUGUGUGUUGUAAUAUACCAAAACAAAAUGUAAAUCCUAUAUUGACCAUGCGAAGUUAAAGGCUGAACAAUGAGAGAUAGACUACAUAAAGGUAAUUUAGUCAUGCAUAUUAGAAUGCAUUAAUACAUUGCAUUGUGAAAGUUUCCAUAAACGUAAAGAAUUGCUCAAAGGGAUCAUAUCUAAGGUCUUGGCUAGAUUAGCACAAAGAAAUGUAGGUAAUGCCAAUGUUCAGAAAAUAUUACUAAAUUAUAUUGCUUUGUUUCUCUCUCCAAACCUUCAUCUAGAUUUCUUCCAGAACUAGCAAUUCUAAAUUAUAUAGCAAAAUUCAUGUGGGUCUUACUAAGAAGAUGUAUAAUUUUAAGGAAUUAUACACCUGGCAUAACAAGGUCUUCACAGUUCAGUGAAUAUCAAGGGUAUAUAAUAUACACCUCUACAUUUUUACCCUCUUAAUUAAGGAAGGGGCAUAUGAAUGAGGAAAAUAGAAGUGAUAUUAAGAUAAAUGAAACGUUUUUUGUCUCUUAGCCAGAGUACCUUUUUGAAUUCAACUUUGUAAUUUUGUUUGAUAAUGUACGAGAUAAUACUGCUUUCAGUGUGUGAUUUUUUAUAGUAUAUAUUAUUUUUUGUGUUUUUUUGUGAAAAAAGUAUAAAGUAACGUUGAAUAUGAUAAUGCUUUUCACAUAUCUCCUGAUGGUCAUUAAAGAAGAAAAAAAAUCUUACAUUCAGAAUGCAUGUAAAUGGACUGAUAAAAGAAAUUCUGCUAAGCAUUACUGUUCUUGCAAAAUAGCAGUUGUGUACUAUUUAUAAUUCUGGGAUCAGUUUCAGGUAAGAGAAAUCACAUGUUGGUCUUGAUUUUUACUGUAUCACAUAGACCAAGUAGGAUAUGAUGAUUGCCCCUUUGGAAAGAAUGACUUUGAAAGGCGAAGUAGGUGACUGGAUGUUUCUUGCCACAGUUACUAUGAAGAUAAAUGAAAAAGUUAACAUUUAAUUAAGCAUUUAUAAUUGAAAGAAGUGCAUGAGAAAUAAUAGUUUA